AACUUUUGUGGUGAUGGUGGGUCAUUUUAAAAAAUCGUUUUUUUUUUAAUUGGGAUGUUUUUACAACAGAAACACGCUAAAUAAACAUACAUAGCCCGUUGUAUAUCAAAUCUAUAUAAACACUAUCAGUCUAGUAGUGGAUCCGUGUUCUUAUGGUUAGAUCUAAAGUUCUGUUUAUACAUGUAGUUUCAAUCCUGGAAUGGCUUCUAGUUCUGCAUUCUGUAUAUGGAAACACAGAGACAUUCUGCCAAAUCAUGUUGAGACGUAACCCAACCCGCAUUGAGCUGAAGCUGACAGACAUUGAAACUGAGUACGAAGUUGUGAAGAAGGAGCAGGAAUCAGAGCGAAGCAAAAACCUUGGUGUUGCACCAAACCUCACUCCUCUCAUCCUAAAGACUAAAUCAGAACUCAUUAACGAGAGAAUUGGAUAUGACCCUAAACCUAAACCUCAGACAUCUCAUAGACCUAUUGUGAAUUGA